ACCCGUUGUGUAGGAACGUUCUGAAAAUUUAGACCUAGUGACAACUAUUAAAAGUGACUGCCCUGCACUCUAGUGGCAAAAUAAAAAAGCUAAAAAGCGUUCCAGCUACAAGUCGACACUGUGUAACACUGUGUCACACAGUGUAUCACUGUGUUACCAUAGCUGGAAAGCACCCUAGUUCUCUAGUGCGAUCUAAUGCAGCCGGUUCAGCUAUAAAGAACAGACCUAUUGUAACGGAGUGUACGUUAGUGUACAUUAUUUGAAAUUUCAUUUAGAAAAUUUAAAAGAAAAUCGUUUUUUAACAAAUCAUUAGAUAGAAUCAUUGAUUACUAUUUUAAUGCGAUUUUUGCAGUAUUUUGGUUAUAGAAAAAAUUAAAGUCCGUAAUUUUUACGACCGACAGAUAGAAACCUAAUAGUUUUUUCCCGUAAUGGUGUGAGUUCUCGGGUUUCUUUCUAUCGAAAUCAAUAAAAUAGAAAAUAAGAAGUGACACUGCGGUAAUUUGAAAAGAAUGGCAAUUUAAUAAAGAAGAGACUCGAAUAAUUUCUUGCGUGGAAACUAAGCGACGAAAGAGCUUAAACUCCAAUGGUAGAAAUGUAUGCGAAUGCUUCGUGAACGCCGUGGACAGGCGAUGGAUGAACGGACGUUCAGCGAAGAACGUGAGACAAUCCUGCCAAGAAAUGCCGAUAAUCCGUCACACCGGAUUUCGUCAACAUCCACGUCUCAGUCAACAAACAACGACGUGGCCAAAGAGAGACUGGCGAUAGAGGAACGACUGGCCGCUAAAAUGUUUUCCUACGAGAUCAUUUGCUUCUUCCUGGCGAUCACUUUUACCGCUAUGGCUGCUCUACACAGCUCAUCUCCCAAAGUUUCCAAACCUCCUACAGCAAGACCUUUUUUUGAUCAAAAUUCUGUAGUAUUGGAUUUCUAUAAGGGUCAUUUAGAUUCGAUGAUAGAAAGGAUAACGCAGGCAGAUUUUAGUUUUGUUAUGUAUUAUGCUCCUUGGGAUGCAGAAAGCCAGGCUCUACGUAAGGAGUUUGAAAUUGUUGCUCAGUUUUAUCAUCCACAGAUAUUCUUUGCAGCCAUUAAUUGUUGGCAUCCUGAUUCAGAAUGCAGAAUACAAUAUAAUAAAAUUCAUGGUUAUCCAGUGCUAAUGCUAUAUCCAUCCAGAGAAUCUGGUAUUAAUUAUAGAGGAAUUCGCACAGCACCAUACAUGAUUAAUUUCCUAGAUGCGCUUAUGAAUCCUAUCAUCAGAAUAACACAUAAAGAACAAUUAACUGAAUUGUUGAUUACUAAUGAUGCAGUAGUCAUAGGAUACUUUAAUUUUACAAGAUUGGAUAAAACUCCCGGUUAUCGGGAGUUUUAUAAGGCCGCAAUACGAUCACUGGAGAGAGAUCCUAAUAGAGAACUGGCAUUUGCUAUAGUAACUAGUGCAUCAUCUAGUAAAUUACAUUAUGGAGUUUACAAGUUUCCAUCAGCAAAUUUACUCAUGUGGAACGAAUCUUUAACUUAUCCAGAAAAGAAUGAAUGGACAUCUGACAAUAUCCUCAAUUGGAUUAGCAGUUCUAUUCACCAACCAUCCCUCUGGUUACAACCCCCUGGUGUCAAAGCGUUCACUCUUGCACCUUAUCUACAUGAGGGACCAGUCUUAUUUCUUUUCACACCACGGAAUCCACUUCAUACAGAAAAUUACAUUUAUAAUCUGAUAAGAGAACUCGGUUUACAGUAUUAUAACUGUGCAGACAAUAUGAUAGUAAAGGAUAUAAUCAAUCGUCUGGAAAAGAAACGAAGUACAGCGAUGAUCCGUCACUUCUCUAGAAGCCAAGAAUGCGCCCAUCUUCUGAACAAGACUGAAAUCUAUACUAAACAAAUAAACGAAUUAAUUACUACCAUAUCAAUUCAACAAUGGAUUAACAACAGUUGUUGUGCAAAUGUGGCAAUAAAUAAAUGUUCCUUAUGCAAAACACAGAUAACAAAUCCAUUAGAAAAAAAAAUCUAUAAAGUUAAAACAUUCGGUGAUGUUUGCAAAGAUACUGAUGUAUUUACAUCACCUAUGAUUAAGCAGUAUAAAGGGCAGAUGUAUAAUUAUAACAAAGAUUACAUGGUAAUGAAAUUACAGGAAGAAUUAAAUUUAAAAAGGCUACAUACAAAUAUGAAGUAUAAAACAUCAUUACUAAAAGAAGAAAACGAUUCACGAUCUGCUAAUACUAUAAGAAGAAAUUUUCUGAAGGAAAGUUGUAAAAGAUGGUUGGCUGGAAAUGAUUAUUAUCCAUCAUUAUUUCCGCAAGAUUCUCCAAGAAAAUUUAAUAUCAGCUUAAAAGAAUUGGUUUGCAAAACCAAUAAGACAUUAGCUUUAAUAGCUAUUGAUAGUCUGCAUUAUUCCCAUUUUGCAGAACAUCUUGGGAUUGAUAUCUCAAAGCGAAGAAAUAAAACUACUGUUGUAAUCUUGGAUGCUGCACUAGAAAGUCAAUAUGUUAUGCAUCAAUAUUUCAAUGAAUAUACUCUUGUCAACUUUAUAAACAAUUAUACGCAAGGUUUGUUAGAGCGAACAUUACGUUCUACAACGCAACAAAGUGCAAAAAUUCAACCAAUCCAUCAAAUCAAUCCACAACACAACAAAAUGCAAAAAUUGCAUAAUGAGAAAAAUCAUAAUAAUGCAGAUUUGAAUUCAAAAAUUCAUAUACCAGAAUUAACAACAAAAACAUUUUUGAAUACAAUUUUGGAUCCAUCUAAGGACGUUGUUGUAAUGUACUACUCUCCUUAUUGUGGAUUUUGUAGUGCUAUAUCAUAUGUAUACUUAACAGUGGCAUAUUACUUAUCCAAUAUGGAUCAUCUAAUCUUUGUAAAGAUUGAUGGAGAUAAUAACGAUUUACCAUGGGAAUACAGCAUGAAUCGCUUUCCAUCCAUUUUAUUUUUUCCUACAAAGAGGAAGGAAGACAGCACUGUAUUUCCAUUUUCUGUUCCUAUCACUGUUCCAAACUUAUUGAACUUUGUGCUAGCGAAUUUAGAUGGUGAUUCCCACAUCGAAGCUUUGAUCAACAUCUGUCAAGCGGGAACUGGGGAGGCGCCAGAUAAAUGUAUUACUAGAACACGAUGGCUGUGUCUAGAUAUUAUCGAGCAACUUCUGCAGGAUUACAGAAAGUUGAGACGACAUUUGAAUUUUUUAGAUAAAAAAGUUGCACUCAAUAAAUGUAAAAUAAUUCUUUUUAAAUUAGAACAUAUCAAGCAUAUUCAUUUAAUUUUGGGUUCUAUAGUUGAUCUUGAUCGAAAAGAGGAUCGAAAAAAGGCGCAAUUGAUUAAAAAAAAAUUUCAUAAAUAUUAUCAAGUUAUUAGAUUACUAGAAGCUAAUAACAAGAUGGAAAGUAGGCAUUUUAAAUCUACGAAUGUUGUACCAAUUGCUGAACGAGAGAAGCUGAUGAAAAGCGAAUUGUGAUAUAGAUUUCGCCUUACAAAAUAAGAUAACUAGGCGAUGAUAAAUAUAUGUUAAUUAAUAUAUCUAUGUGAUAACAAAUAUUAAUAUUUUGGAAUACUCUCGAUAUUUCGGUAAUUAAAUU